GGUAAUAUAAGAUAUAUCUUUUACAACUGGUGCUGUUGUUUGUUGGGGGAACAUGAUAAGUUUUGAUGGCAUUCUACGAUUCUUGGCCAAAAGUAGAUCCAGUUAUUGUGCUGGUGGUGUUAUGUCUGAUAGUUUUAGUUGACCGGAUAUGGCUGAUGAUACUCGUCAAGAGACAGCAAUUGGUGUGUCUUAAUGCGAUAAUGGUACCAGAGGACCUAAGAGGAAUUAUUCCUCCGGAAAUUUACUAUCGGGCUCGCAUCUAUGAGCUGCACAAAACGGAGUUACAGCUCUGGAAGUACCUCAUUGACUUGAUCAUAUCGCUGUGUGAGCUGGCCCUGGGUUUCUAUCCCUUUCUCUGGGGUCUCUCGGUCAAGACCUUAAAGCCGAUCACCUCUGAUGAGCUCUAUAUCACCAUGAUCUUCGUUCUCUAUCUGACCAUAUACAUUUGCAUAAGGUUUCUGCCGGUGCUCAUCUAUGAUAAGUGUCUGCUGGAGCUGCGCUAUGGAAUGUCGGGCAAGUUUCCGUGGUACCUCUAUUGCUGUAUUGGCGCCCUGGCCGUUGUCCUGAGCCAGUUCGUCCUUAUCCCGGUGGCGAUUCUUAUUGUGAUUAGUGUACAAAUAAUCGGCUACUAUUUCUUUCUUUGGUUUUGGCUGUUUUGGGCCGUCUUUACCCUGAUUCUAGUGUUUUUUUUGCCCUACUGCUGUAUUCCGUGCAUUGGACGACAGGUUGUUCUGCCGGAGGGCACUGCUCUGCAUGCAGAGGUGAAGAAAGUCUGCGAUGUGGUUGGAUUUCCCAUGAAGCGUGUAUUCAUUAUUAGGACCCGGACAAUGCAGUAUAGUAAUGCCUAUUUUUACGGAAGCUGCUGUUUGAAAAGAAUUGUGAUCUUUGACACCUUGCUACUAAACAAGGGAAAAGAAGUUAGUGAAAUCCAACCUUACGAAGUGGGCAGAGGACUGACAAAUAUACAGGUGGCUGGAGUGGUUUGCCACGAGCUGGGUCAUUGGAAGUAUGGACAUUUCUACAAGGCUACGAUCAUCAUGAAGGUUCACUUCUUUCUGACCAUGGGUCUAUUUGGAUUAUGCUUCCAUUGUCCGCAACUUUACAUGGCAGUUGGUUUCGCACCUGGCGUUAUGCCCAUCAUUGUGGGAUUCAUCAUUGUCCUGAGAUUUGCCCUGACACCAUAUCUCACGCUGGCCAAUGUCCUAAUGUUAUGGAAUCUACGUCGCUUUGAAUAUGCCGCCGAUAAUUUUGCCCAUCGUAUGGGAUACUCCAUUCAAUUGAGGAUGGCCCUCAUCAAGAUCUAUGCUGAUCACAUGAGUUUUCCGGUCUACGACAAUUGCUAUGCUCGCUGGCAUCAUACUCAUCCCACGAUUCUUCAGAGACUGGAAUAUCAGGAGAGAUUAGAUGCUAAGGACAUGAAAGAAGGAAAACGAUAAUCCAAGUAGUCUCUGAUUCUUACUUCCGUUUAUUUUUUGUACAAUUUUCGAGAUAUUCUGUAAAAUUGCCCGUAUGACUCGAACGGAAAUUUCCACGCCCGGUUGUGGUACUAUUACCAAAUUGGUGGUCAGCAUAGACAGCGGGUGAGUUUUAUAUGAAGAAAUGAAGCAAAAUAAUGUCAACGAUCGAUCACGGGAAAUCCUUAAGCUUUGAUGUUACCCUCUGUCUUUCUUCUCUUCUGUACUGUACACUUAUCCCUUUUUCUAACCCGAAAUAAAAUUGUAAAAGUUAAAAUAUAUAUUUAAAAGUA